AUGGGUGGCACCGUGUUGGGACUAUGUGCUACAAACUUGUCUAUAUUCCCUCACAAGGAGACAGGCUGUCUUGGGCUCAGGCUGAAGCUGCAUGCGUUGCUGAUGGUGGACAUCUUGCCAGCAUUCACACACACCAACAACAACAGUACAUCUAUGGAAGUUUUCUUCUGGAAUACAAACAAAAGUCCAGCUGAACCAGAUGGAGGGCAAGGACAGGAUUGUGUCUUCAUUUAUACCGAUGAAUUAAGCGGAGAAAGGACUGACAUCAACAACGCAUGGGGCGACGAUGGAUGCAAUACGAAAAACAACUUCAUCUGCAGUCAACCAUCCUUUAUACUAGUGCCAACCAUCAGCACUCAGUGUAUCACUGCUGGUCAAGUACCUGUAUCAGUGACGUGGAAUGAAGUUACUGGCAUCGAUAAAGAAACUGCGACUGUCAUUAGUGUAACUUGUCAAGAUUCUGAAGAUGGAAUGGAUGUGAACGUUACUGGAGGAAUCUUUGGAGUUGGAUCUCAUUCUGUCAUCUGUAUUGCUCGAUUCUCAGAUGGGAGAAUGGAGACUGCAAUACUCACAUUCAAUGUAACAAUAUCACCGUCUCUAACCCUGUCAACCGUUGGUGAACAGUUUACCGAUGAGGUCCAGUCAAAUGCAUCAGUAACUUGGCCAGCCGUCACUGCGACUACAUCUGAUGAUCAACCCAUCACAUGUACAGACUCAUCAGAAGAUGAAGUCAGUCUAACAGGAGGUGUGUUUGGAGUUGGAUCUCAUACGAUCAACUGCACAGUGAUUAAUGAUGGCGGAUGUAUUACAUCAGAGAACUUCACAUUCAAUGUCACAGUUUGUUCAUUGGGAUGUUUAAAUGGAGGAACCCUGAACUUACAGACAUGUCGUUGCGGAUGUGCACUGAGUUGGGUUGGACCUUCUUGUACAGAAUGUUCGUUGUCUGAAAAUAGCUGUUUGAAUGGUGGAUCACUGUCUACUGAAUAUUGUCAGUGUAUAUGUCCUGCUGAAUCAUCAGGUGUUACUUGUGAGGUGAAAGACCCAUGUAUAGCUACACCUGAUCCAUGUUCUGAGAUGACGGGUCAAUAUUGUGUACCAGACCCCUAUGAAUCCCCUGAUGGAUAUCAAUGUGAAUGUCUUGAGUUGGAUGGGUACUUCCUUAAUUCAGAUACAAACACCUGCACAAGAGAUGGUUUCAAGUCUGUAGUGGUCAUACUGACCGUCCGGGGUAUAAAUGGAACAGCUAUUAAAAUACAAAUAGACUUCAGCGAUUCGAACUCUGAAGGCUCUCAGGAAUUUUUAGCCACAAUUGCCAGAGUGAUCCAGUUUGAGCUUCUAAAUAACACAGCAACCAGAGACAUAGAAAGUGUUCGUGGUGUUCUUCUUCAUGUUGAGUCGGACAGCGUUGUGUUUACUGGUGUAGUUAGAGCGGCAGCUAUUUCUACUGUAACUGUUAGUAUAAUCCUGGAUGUGCUAACAACUAAAGCAGCCGAGGGAAUAUUAACUGAUGGAGUGACCACAUUACACAUAGAUCCAGCAAUUACUGUCAAAGAUACCAAUGAUUGUAACCCGAACCCAUGUGUGAACGGUGUAUGUGAGGAUGGUAUUAAUGCCUACACAUGCAUUUGUGCUGCAGGAUACGCUGGGAAAGACUGUGAAAUAAAGAUUGGUCAUGAGGACAUCACUGUUAUUCUUGUGGCUGCAGUCAGUGUGUUGGCUACAUUACUGGUUGUAAUAGUCGUCAUUGUUAUCUGGAGGAAGAUGAAGCAAAGGACUCCUCAUCGCUCUAGCUUAGCUAUGGAGAUGGUACCAGAACAUGCAUCCCGCAAGCCACAGAACAAUAUGCCAGCUAUUGGUUUGGAUUUAGUCGACUACGAUGACACCGCUGAAGCUGAAGGAAUAGUACCAUCCAUCGAUUAUGAGGACAUUGGACUUCCAACCUGGGCUGCAAGAUGGGAAAUUCUGUGGAGAAACCUAGUUGUUGACGAGCAAGUACUUGGAAAAGGCAACUUCGGAGAAGUCAGACUUGGAACUGUGAAUAUUGCUGGAGAGAAGACUAAGACUGCUAUUAAGAUUCUGAGAGGCAGUGCAUCAACCGGCGAACAAGAGGAUUUUAUGAAAGAAUUGCGAACCAUGACAGAUAUCGGCUACCAUCCCAAUGUUGUCUCUCUCUUAAGAGCAUGCUACCAUAAAGAUGUCCUGUAUGUUGCUAUGGAGUAUCUUCCCCAUGGUGACCUUCGUACCUUCCUGAGAUCCACUCUGUCAGAGUCAGAUAGUAAUCUCACUUCAGAUCAUCUGUUGAAGUUCGCUCUGGAUAUUUCUAUGGGAAUGCAACAUCUCUCUCGAUCAGGAGUGAUUCAUCGCGAUUUGGCUGCAAGAAAUAUCCUGCUUGGAGAAGGAUUAGUUGCUAAAGUUUCUGAUUUCGGACUUUCCCGGGUGGAGGAUAUUUACGUUCAGAUGUCAAUGAGACGUGUUCCCACUCGCUGGUUGGCCAUUGAAUCGUUGAUGAAUCAGACCUAUACCACCCAGAGUGAUGUGUGGUCAUUUGGAAUUGUCCUGUGGGAAAUAGCAACUCUAGGGGGAACACCCUAUCCAGCUAUCAAUGACACAGCAUCGUUGGCAGGUCGGCUAAAGGGAGGAUAUCGAAUGCCUCAACCAAGCAACUGUCGCCAGGAAAUAUACUCUGUGAUGCUUCAAUGCUGGGAUGACAAUCCCAACAACAGACCCUCCUUCACCGACUUGGUGUCUAUACUGGGACAAAUGGAUGACAAUAAGAUACAGCAUACAUACAUGACGGUGGACUUGUCUCACUAUGUGAAUUCCAGUGUCAUUCGGAGAGGGCUCGAUGACAGAUAAGAUAAUGUCACGAGGUUGCAAAACCAUAUUUAUCUCCACGGUGCUACUGCAAACUUAGCAUCUAAGGAUACAUUUAAAGUGAAGAUGCACGUUUGAAGAAUGCCCGCUCGCGCUCCCCCAUCCCUAAUAUGACAUUUCAGUUACACAAUAUAUUUAACUUUCUAGUUUUGAGGGGAUUGUAUACAAAUAUGCGUUAGUUGAAUUAGUUGAGUGGAAAGUACUACUUUAUUGCGAUUUAAAUUUUUUUUUUUAAUAUAAUGUGAGAUAAUUACUGCAAUUUGUUACAUAUAUCUACUUCUAAAAGAUAUACAAUCGCGCAUUUUAUUCGUGUAUGUUUGCUGUAUACUAAUUUCAAGUUCAAACUAUAAAUUUAAAGCACAAAUACAGAUCAAUAUUUUUUAUAUACAUAUUUACUCUUAGCCUUCAUGGUUAGGUGUUUUUGUAGUCAUAUGAACCUCUUACAACAAUAUUUGUAUCAUUCAUCAUGCCUGUUGAGAAACGUAAUUGUUAGUUUUAUUGUAGUAAUCGUUAUUUUGUAAAUAGUAACUUGAAUUAAGCCAGAGUUCAUCAUUUACAGCUAUCCAAAACGUAACUAUAGCGUAAUUAUUGUUGAAACACAUACUGGGUUGAAAGAUAGUAAGGGACUAAACUCCCUGUGA